UCAUACUCGCGUUGAACGCAUACCAAAUUACCUACUAAUAACAACAGCACAAGCGCCCAUUCAAGCCCAUUCAAGGUCAUACAAGGCCGGAUCGCGGAGCAUUGGAAAGUUGGAGGGCCUGUGCAUACAGAGUGUGUACACAUUCUAUGGCGGCUGCAUUGUUUCGAUACCCGUCUGGUGUUACAGCUUGCAGCCCAGACGUCAAAGAAAUGAAGAGAAAGCGGCCCAGCAAAAGGCAGAAGGCAGCUGCGGGGGCGCAAGCAGAGGAGCAUGGCGCGGGUGCUAGCCAGCACCACCGGGUGGCCACUGUUGUGAAGCAGUACUGCAUCCUCGAGAAUGAUGUAGAGGUGACGCUGACCAACGAGGCCAUGAGGGUGGAGCAGUGGGUCAGCGCGCACAUGGCGGAGAGCUUUGGGCUGGACGUGGAGUGGAAGCCAACGUUCAAGAGGGGCGCCAGGGAGAACCCGGUGGCGCUGCUGCAGCUGUCCACGCUGCGGCACUGCCUCCUCAUUCAGAUGCAGCGCAUGGCCACCAUACCAGAAGGCCUCAGGAGGCUCUUGGCCGCACCUGAGGUGGCACUAUCAGGCGUGGGCGUGCGGGAGGACCUGCGCAAGCUGGCGCGCGACUACGGGCUGGAGUGCGACGGGGCGGUGGAGCUGGCGGUGCUGGCGGGGGAGGUGCUGGGGCGGCCAGAGCUGCGGCAGGCGGGGCUGCGCGCACUGUCGAUGGCGGUGCUGCGCAAGGAUUGGGUGAAGAACAAGCGGGUGACCAUGAGCAACUGGGAGCAGGACCUGGACCAGAAGCAGGUCACGUACGCAGCAACGGACGCCUGGGUGUCGCACGCAGUGCACCAGGCACUGCAGAGACACAGAGGUGGGCGGGGCGAGGGCGCUGCGGAGUUGAGUGUUGGGGGCACUCGGAGGACUCGAAAGGGAGGUGAGGGAAAAGUGAAAGUGGUCGGAGGAGAAGACGGUGCGCUUGAGUUGGAGUUUGCAAGGGAGGUAGAGAGGCGGCAGAUUGACGUCAACCCGCAUGGAGCGUUUUUAAGAGAGAGGAGACGAUUGUCGGGGCAGGACAAGUCUCCACAGGGCAGAGGGGCGGAGGUGGAGGACCUCUGCGACAAGUUGCCGCAAAAGGGGCAAGGGGAGGCAGUUGGCGAUCUGCGGGUCGUGUUGACGGACAGGAAGAGGACGGGGACCAGCGCUGAAGCUUGACCAAGUGACCACCUCCAGCAAGGGUUGGGCUCACCGGCUGACGUGAGUCUCGAAGGAGGCUCGACAACUGCCAAAGAUACUUUUGCCGAAGGGGAAUCGACGCAAGUUGUUGGGGAAGUUCCGGUCGUCGAAGCUGGGUUGGCUGGGGUAAAGACGCGUGCAACAGCCAGUAGAAACGGACGACAGUUGACUGAAGCGCAGCUGGCUAGAAGGAAAAAGAAGGAGAGGCACAGGAAGUAUGGGGGAAAGAAAACGGCCAGUGCAAGUUGAGCACAAGCUUUUUCCAGAGAAGUCGUUAUCGGAUGCGAAUUGCUGUUGUGCUGUGCUGUGCCCAUGGUGCAACCCAAUCAGGUUACAAUUACACAUGCGCAGUACGGGAAUCGAGUUUUACGUACUGCCUGACAAAGUUGGGAGAUCUCUUUUGUAACCUGUUGCUGCCUGUACAUAUAUCGACCACCGAUAAGCUCGAAGUGAACGCUUUGGGUUUCCUAUUUUGGAAGACUUCUAAAUGAUGCAACCUUGACACGCGCGCCC